AGAGACACACGGUUUUACUAUUUGACUGUUGGGUUUUACAAGAUGAGGGUCUCAUUCCUUCUAGUACCUCCUAUUACCCUAUUCAAGAGUUUUCUUAUUUUGUUAUUUUGUUAUGUCUCUCGUGGCAACGAAAGUGUUGAAUCCUUGCUCGCCAGAGGAACUCAAUCCCUUUCCAGUGGAAAUUUAGUACUUGCUGUCGACCUUUAUACUGAAGCUAUUAAUAUUGAUCCUGAUAACUAUAUGAGUCGAUAUCGACGAGCCACAGCCUAUAUUGCUAUGGGAAAGCUCAAGGUAGCAUUGCCGGACUUAGAGAAAACACUUUCCCUUAAUCCCGGCUUUGUUCUUGCUCACAAACAGAAGGCACUUAUCAAUCUUAAACUGGGUAACCUAAAAGAAUCUCGUGCAUCGCUUCUCAUUUUGAAAUCAAAUGAUGACGACGUUAAUAAACUUCUAAAUGAUAUUAAUGAUGCUGAAGCAAAUUUGGAUUAUGCCAAGCAGCUCUACUUUAGAGAACAAUUCACCGAAGCCUUACCUCUUUUUGACUUUGUAAUGGAUAUUGUACCAUCAAACAGAGAAAUUCACGAAAUGCGAGCUAUUUGUCGCAUAAAAUCAGGUGAUACUAUAAGAGGCAUUGAGGAGUUGAGAGAAUGUAUUCACAUGGUCAGUGAUAAUCGUGAGGGACUGCUCCGCGUUUCUAAGAUUAUGUACGAUUUCGGAUGGGCGGAAAGGUCCCUUGAAGAGGUUCGUGAGUGCCUCAAACUCGAUCCCGAUGACAAACCUUGCCGAGCUCACUAUGGAAAAGUUAGGAUUCUCGUAAAGACAAUGAAGUUGGGUGAGAAGCAAAGAAAAGAUGAAAAGUGGAAUGAUUGUAUUAAAACUGGCAACCGGAUUAUUGAACUCAAUGACAGCAUUUCUGACUAUGUACUGCAGGGGAAGGUUCUUAUCUGUGAAUGUGCUUCUUGGGUAGACCCUGAACUUGCCAUUAGCUCUUGUAAGUACGUAAUCUCCGAAAAAUCACAUCUGAUAGAUGCUUAUCUGAGUCUGGGUAGAGCGUACUGGAAAUUGGAUUAUCUUGAUGAAGCCGAGCACGCAUUUCAGCAGGUUCUGAAAUUGGAUGAUAAAAACUAUAUGGCUCAAAAUCGUUUGCAUGAUAUAAAGAAUAGACGGAAAGCUCAGGGCAAGAGAGAUUACUACAAGAUCCUUGGAGUUCGUCGUCGUGCCACUGAUGAUGAAAUAAAACAGGCAUAUCGUAAAUUGGCCGGAAAAGCUCAUCCUGAUCGAUACACUGACCCGGUGGAAAAGGAAGCAGCAACCAAACGUUUUCUUGAUAUCAAUGAUGCUCGUGAUGUCCUACUUGAUCCAGGUAUGCGAGCCCAAUUUGAUCAGGGUAUUGAUCCCAAAGAUCCAGAGGCUAAUACUCGAAGUCCAUUUGGUUCGGGUAAAAGUAAACCUUUCUUCUUCCAAGGCGGUAAACCCUUCGGGUUCAAUUUCAGGAAUUUUGACCCCUUUGCCGGCGGUAAUGGACACUUUGAGUUUCACUUUGGUUAG